CAUAUAAUAACUGCACAUCCAUCAGACCUGCUAGUGCUGGCUUUGGUCCACCAGUGGAACUAGGCAAAGACUUCUAGAGUCAUCAUGUCAGGAGACGAGACCAAGAGUGAAGUUUUCACAGUAACCGAAAUGGGAGAUGUGGCAGCAGAGAAAGCCACAUUUAACACAGACAAGAAGAAAUGCUGGUAUGAGCUGUAUGUGCAGCCCUGCCUGGGUGAGCUGUUUGGGACGAGCCUCUUUGUGUUUGUGGGUUGUGCGUCUGUCGUCGGGAACGUGGGCACCGGUGUCAUCCAGCCGGCUUUGGCACAUGGACUGGCUCUGGGAGUGCUGAUUGCAGUGUUUGGGCAAAUUAGUGGAGGCCACUUUAACCCUGCAGUGUCUCUGAGCGUCUACCUGUGUGGAGGGAUGAAGCUGGCUCUGCUGGUGCCUUAUGUCGUUUCUCAGAUGGCUGGAGGGAUGAUUGGUGCUGCUUUGACCAAGGCCAUGUACCCCUCUAAUGUGUAUGAUGUUUCCCUUGGAGGAGCCUUUAACAUAGCCGGUGAUCUUGGUAAAACCACGCUGGCAGAAGCAGUAAUGACUCUGAUCCUCACCUUGGUGGUUUGCAUGUCGGCCGUCAACAGCCAGACACGAACGCCGAUGGCUCCUUUCUGCAUCGGCCUCACUGUGGCAGCCAACAUAUUUGCUGGAGGGAUAGUGUCUGGAGCCUGUAUGAAUCCUGCCCGAGCCUUCGGUCCUGCCGUGGCUGCAAACCACUGGAACCAUCACUGGGUUUACUGGGUCGGACCCACAUGUGGUGCGCUGCUCACUGCCAGCUUCAUCAGGUUGCUUCUCGGUGAUCAGAAAACUCGAGUGGUGCUGAAAUGAGAGCGGGAGAACAUCCCAACUGACCCGACGACAGCUUUUCCAUCUGAAUGUUCCUGCAUCAGUCACCAAUGAGACUGCAAUGUCCAAAUUUCUCUGACAGACAUACUUCUCAUUGGACUUCUCUUUGGAUCAGCUACAAUUGUUACAUUCUUUUGUAUUCAUAGUUUGGGGCAAAGUCCCGAACGGAAAAUCACACCUAAAUAGUUUUAUUACAUCAAAUAUGGUACAAGGAUAGGGUGCUAUGCUACACAGUAAAGCUAGAUUAGAAUCAUAAAGCGGCGCCUUUGAUCAAAUUAAACACGGCUCUGCUUGCCGCUUUCGUUAAAGUGACAGUCUUCCAAGAACAGCCAAAAUGUGCACAUAUGUGUUGAAAAAUGGAUGUUGAUGAUUGUUGUGAAGAUGGAACCCUCAGCCUUGGAAGUUGUUUUUGUCCAACAUUUUCUACAUUAAAGAUGUGUUAUAACAAAAAUACAGGCCUGGAUAGAAUCAUACAACUACAGGAACGACAUGCAAAACAUAUUGCCUUAUUUAAUGUCAGGAAGUAUUAUCCUAAGUAUAAAAAAUAUAAUUACACCUUAUGCAGAAAUAUGUGCCAUAGCUUAGUGUUGUAUGUUAUAUAUUAUAUAUUGGCUUAUCAUUAUUGAUGAUUAAUCAAAUCUAGGGCCUUUAAUUGAGUGAUACGAACAUUAAAGAAAAGAAACUGACUGUAGAAUAAGAGUACAACUUUUUUCUUUUUUUCUUUAUUGUGCUUUUGAUUAAGAAGCGCCAGUAGCAGUUCACAAUGCGUUAAUACUAAACUUCAAAUAUCACAUAGGAAUGAAACUAAAUACAGCACAUCCUCUUUUAAAUGAAAAACAUAGUCUGAAAUUUCGUACGAGAAAUACUAAAUCACUGUUUUAUGGGAGGGACGAAAGAAAGAAAGAGACAAGAGAUGUUACCAGUAUAUCAAUAAAUUUUUUAUACAAUAACAAUAAGAAGAAGAAGAAGGAAGUACAGGCAUCAGGAGAAAUACUCACCUCUUUCACUUUUGUGAAUUAACCCUCGUGUCGUCCUGCGGGUCAAAAUUGACCCAUUUUAAAGUUUGAAAAUAUGGAAAAAAUAUAUAUAUUUUCAUAGUGAAACUUCUGAUGUCCACAUUUUCAACAUUUUUGGGAAAUCUUUGAACAUUUUUUGGUAAAAAAAAAAAAGAAAUGUUAAAAAUGUUUCUUAACAACAUUCACAAAAAAAUCAACCAAAAUCCAGCGAAUUUCGCUGGUUUUUUGGUUUUUAUGUGAAUGUUCUUAAGAGAAUAUUAGAAAUUUUACUGAUAUAUAUGUAAUCACUUUAGAUAUAUUUAAGAUUUUUUUGGAAGAUUUUUACUCAUUUUUUGAAAAUAUUUACAAGAAUUUUCUUGUAAAAUUUGGGGGAUGUUAAAUCCAAGUGGCGACCUUUUUUUCUUGGACAGGCAGUGUGUAAAGAAUCUGUACAUAUUAUCAUAUCAAUCGCUGGAAGAUCUGAAUAGACCUCUGGGAAUAAACGAUACAGCACAUACGGCUAGUCCUUAUAAUGACUGAGAUAAGAGCUUAAAGGUAAAGGUAAGGGCCUCAUAGGGUAGAUCUACAUACACAGCAAUGGAAAAGCAUUGCAAUACAAGCAAAGGUUGCAUCCAAAAUGUCACUUCAGUUAAAUUUCUACCAAAGUGUUAUUACCUACAAGCUUUAAAAGUAAACCUACUACAUCUGAUAAAAAAACAAUUAUUGUUAUAUGGCAUUACUAGACUGUUUUAGUGAUGCAUCAUAGUUGGAGCAGCACUAAAGCAUUUGAGCAGGCCAAACUACUUUUAACUGUUUCAUCUAUGAUUGGAUUUGAAAUAAAGUUCACAUACACAAAUCUGACAUUGCUCAGGUGAUUUUUAUCAUUAAAUUUGACCUCUUUGUGCAUCAGACACUUAUUAAAAUGGAGAAACUAGUGAAUUUUUGUGAGGGAAAAUCACUAGUGUAAACUUGAACUGUGUGCUGGAUUUUGUGUGCCUUUGAAUGUAAAUCUGCAUCUAAAGACCAACUUGUCAAUAUACCUGUCAAAUAGAUGUAAAAUGUACAAUAUUUCCCAGGAAACAGCAGCAGAGUAGAAUCAGAACGCACCAUUAAAUGGAAAUAAAUUAUGCUUAAAUAUA